AAUAAUUGUCACAUUAUUCGUUAGCUCAACUGUUGAGGAAGUCCAACUGUUUAUCAUACAAUUUUGAUAAUUGCAACAUCACACAAUUUUGUUAGUUUUUAAUGUUAUUAUUACAAACCCAAAAUGUAUUUAAUAAAAAAGGGAAAAAGAAAGCAUAACCGAAAAACCAUAAAACACAGUCCUUGAUAACUCCAUAUCUCGAAAGCAUAUACCGCGUUGUCUCUCUCUCUCUCUGCGUCUGCGUGUUAUGCAAUAAUCGGCACUGUAGAAAGCGACGUCUUCUCUCUCUCUCCAAACUUUUCAAAAAGUUCCACCUCCUUCUUCUCAAUCAUUUCUUUCUCUCACUAGAAUUGUCUUCCAAUCCACGCCUCCAUCGAUUCGCAAUUCUCCCGAUUCUCGAUUUGCAUCUCAGUCCAUGUCCGAUUGGAAGAAUCAGGAAAUGGAAUCGCCCGAUAUAAGCCAGAAACCCGGUUUUUCGUCCUACUUCAAUCGGUCGCUGACGUUCAAUUCCCCUUCUUCGGCGGCGGAGGACGAAGUCACCACUAAGCCCCUCUACAACCUCUACGCCACCCCCGCGCUGCAGCGGGGCGGCUCGAUCAAGAGCCUCUACAGCUCCCCGUUUGGUUCGAUGGUCUCCGCCGGGAACUCACUCAAGGGCAAAGUCAGGAAGUUGUGCUCAAUUUUCGAAUCCCCCAAACAGCCUCCUCUCCCUUCAAAACCGUCGAAAUUGCUUCUCGCGGCGCCGGAUUCGUCCAAUUUCGUCCCCAAAUCCAUCCCCUCCCCCGUCGCCGACGGCCCGUUCCGCCUCCCCGGCACCGAGGACCGAGUCGUGAUCUACCACACCAGCCUCCGAGGGAUUCGCAAAACAUUCCAGGACUGCCACAGCAUACGCAUGAUUUUCCGAGGGUUGCGCGUGAACAUCGACGAGCGAGAUAUUUCGAUGGACGUCGCGUACAGGAAGGAAUUGCAGAGGGUUUUGGGGGAGAAUCACAUCAGCCUGCCGCAGGUUUUCAUUAAAGGGAAGUACAUCGGCGGCGCCGACGUGAUACGCCAGUUGCUGGAGGCCGGCGAGCUUCUGCGCCUGAUCAAGGGGCUCCCCCUGCGGCCGGCGAAGCCGUGCGAGGCCUGCGACGACAUGAGGUUCGCUCCCUGCGGGAACUGCAGCGGCAGCCGCAAGGUGUUCGACGAGGACGACGAGCAGCCCAAGAGGUGCGUGGAGUGCAACGAGAAUGGCUUGGUCCGUUGCCCCCUCUGCUGCUCCUGAGGUUUGCUAAUUGUGUGAGUGAGUGUGAGUGUGUGUGUGUGUGUUGUUGUUCAUGUGAUGAAUCAUAACUCAUUGCUUAUGAGAUGAGAUUUGCUUGACUGUGUAUAUACUAGUAGUUGUAAAUUUAGGUGGAUAUAUGGGUUAUUCGCCUCCUUGUUAUCGUUGCCGUUGUUGUGGUUGUUGUGGUGCGGCCGUGGCGACUGACGAGGGUUGGUAGUCAUGGUCGAUAUCAUGUGCUGCUUGAAAAUUCUUUGCAGCUAACUGCCAUUUCUAAUGUAAUAACUAAGUAUAAUAUUGUAUUGAUCAAUAAUGUUGAUGAUGACUUGACGGAGGACUUGUGUUUUUUGUCAAGAAUCCUCUGAUAAUAUACUUGCAAGAACUUUUCUUUUU